ACUCUCCUCUCUCUGUUCCCACAAUGGUCGGACCGUGAAAAUCGCCAGUUGUGGAGAGAAUAGGGACACAUCUCGACUGGAAAGUCGCUGAAUCCUUUUGAUCGUCCUCCGUGAUACAUUUCUCGCCCACUUGCGAGCAAAGUGUGAAUUUCUGACACGCUUUUGUAAACCAUCAGAGGGAUUUCGUCGCGGGAGUAAACAACAACAAAAACAACAAAUGGCGAGUGAGCAAUUUACUGUGAUCUUGUAGUAGAACUUUUAGGAGGAUUUGAGGUCUACACGGACAGUUCCGCACGGUUUAAGGAUAAUCAGUGUGUCAGUUUGGGCUUUCUUAUGUAAAGCAGCUGUCUUUGAAGGCGGAUCUCUAAGCAGGUUAGAUCAGGACGGAGCGGAGGAGCUCAGUCUCAGACAGCGCGCGAGGCAACGAGCACGAAACUCUUGACGGAGAAAGUGUGUCUGUAGACAAGUUGAAGUGGAUUUUCACCGGUUUACAGAGCGGAUUCAUUCAUUCAUAUUCACGUGUGCUUAGAGACUGCGUUAAAGCGACGCUGUGGACGUUUUGAUGUAUGCAAACGGUUUUAGUUGGCUCAGUUGGGAUACCUCUUGGAGGAUGAAUGUGGGAAGUAGCGCGAUCACGAGUUGAAGAGUAAACUACUUUUGUGAGGGAAAGACCGUCAACAUCUCAGCAGCGGUGCUUAUGAGCUUUUGAAGGAGGAAUUAUCAUCUGUGGGCUGGGAAUUGAACGUAAACUGUGGACAAAGUUUUCUAAUAUGUCUUAAAAUCUCAGAAUUAUUCACAGAAUCACUUUUCUUGGUUGAACUGAUGAACUAUUACUAACUCUAUUUGACUAACUCACAUAUUCUCAACAACAUGCAGUGACAACAAAGGAAAUUUUUAUUGAACGAAUAUAGUUUUACACCUUUUUUUAAAUACAUUUAUGUAAUUCCUUUUUCAUUCGUGCUACAUGAGUUAAUAUAGAACGACAAUGUUUGCUGCCACUGUUGGACUCAGCAUUGUGCUGCUGUGUGUAGCUGGGUUUUGUUCCGCAAUCAGUUCCAUAGAUCCCGACCGGCCGGGUGAAGGAAGAUGCCAGGAGAUCGCCAUUCCUCUUUGCAAAGACAUUGGCUACAACUUGACAGUUAUGCCAAACUUAAUGGGACAUGAGGAUCAAAGUGAGGCGGCCAUUAAGCUGCAUGAGUUUGCUCCACUUAUUGAGUUUGGCUGCCACAGCCAUCUGAAGUUUUUCCUGUGCUCGCUCUAUGCGCCUAUGUGCACCGAGCAGGUAUCAACACCUAUUCCGGCAUGCCGAGUAAUGUGUGAGCAGGCUAGGCAGAAGUGUUCGCCCAUCAUGGAGCAUUUUAACUUCCACUGGCCUGACUCACUGGACUGUUCCAGGCUGCCAAACAAGAAUGAUCCCAAUUAUCUCUGUAUGGAGGCCCCUAACAAUGGCACCGACGAGCCCCCAAAGGGGUCCCACACUCAGUCGCCAGACUCCCGACCCCCUCGGCCAGGUAACAACAAAGAACUUCCUAUUAAGGAAAGGGUGGGUAAGACAUCGUGCAGCAAUCCUGGAAAGUUUCAUUAUGUGCAGAAGAGCGAGUCCUGUGCCCCCAAGUGUUACUCCAAUGUUGAUGUGUAUUGGAGCCAGGGUGACAAGCGCUUCUCUAUGGUGUGGAUUGCCGUCUGGUCCAUCCUGUGCUUUAUCUCCAGUGCCUUUACUGUACUCACCUUCCUCAUUGAUCCUCAGCGCUUUAAGUACCCUGAGCGGCCCAUCAUAUUCCUCUCUAUGUCCUACUGUGUUUACUCAGUGGGCUUUCUCAUAAGACUUUUUGUGGGGGUGGAAAAUGUGGCCUGUGACCGUGAUAGUGGUGUGCAAUACGUCAUCCAGGAAGGCUUGGAGAGCACCGGUUGCACAAUAGUCUUCCUUAUUCUAUACUACUUCGGAAUGGCCAGUUCAUUGUGGUGGGUCAUUCUAACCUUAACGUGGUUCCUGGCAGCUGGAAAGAAAUGGGGGCAUGAGGCCAUUGAAGCCAACAGCAGCUACUUUCAUCUGGCAGCAUGGGCUAUACCAGCCAUCAAGACCAUCGUGAUCCUGGUCAUGAGGAAGGUGGCGGGAGACGAGCUUUCAGGGGUGUGCUAUGUUGGCAGCAUGGACGUCAAAGCCUUGACCGGUUUCGUCCUUAUUCCCCUCUCUUGCUACCUCAUCAUUGGCACUUCCUUUCUGCUCUCUGGGUUCGUUGCACUCUUUCACAUCCGUAAAGUUAUGAAGACCGAAGGAGAGAAUACGGAUAAGCUGGAAAAGCUGAUGGUGCGGAUCGGCAUCUUCUCAGUUCUCUACACAGUCCCCGCCACUUGUGUCAUUGCAUGCUAUUUUUAUGAGCGACUCAACAUGGAUUAUUGGAAGAUAUUAGCAAGUGAGCAGAAGUGCCUAGAAGAUGGUAAGAGUGGCGAGGAGUGUGUGAUGAAGAGCUCUAUCCCAGCCGUGGAGAUCUUCAUGGUUAAAAUUUUCAUGUUGUUGGUGGUGGGCAUCACCAGCGGCAUGUGGAUCUGGACGUCCAAAACACUGCAGUCUUGGCAGAAUGUCUUCAGCCGCAAACUGAAGAAGAAGACGAGGAGAAAGGCUGCAUGUGUUUUCACAGGCACUGGACCUUAUCUGAAGCCUCAUCCCACACUGAAAGGACAUAAAACCAAGUAUGAACCAGCAGGUCCUCCUGCAACAUGUGUAUGAGUAUGGACUCUGUACACACACACAGCCAAGAAACUAAAUAAAUGCUGGACUCCUACCAAACAAAAACAGCUUUAUACAGAGAGGAGCCAGCAAAGAACACAACAACGCUUGUAUUUAUUUUAUGCAAACUUCAGUUGUUAAAAUGAUGCAAAAACCCCCCAAAUUUUUGAUUUGAAACUAUGAGAUAAACCUCUGCUUAGUCUUUAGUUCUUAGUCCUUCUACUACAUCUAAAACUUUGCAGAGUUUGGGGAGUGUUUGUUUUCUGAAACAAUGAAAAAAAGCAAAUCCCUAUUGCCAUUUCUAUAUGUGAUUGGGAUGCCUGUAUCAUGUGCAAUAGUUGUUUCCCUUAGUGACAGAGAGAAAGGGGCUCUUACACUGUAGGGCUGUGAUUAAAGACAAUGAAAGGACUCGACAAACAAUGGGUGUGAAUGGAUCGGGAAAAAGCAGCUCCUCCUUGGCAUAGUCGUGUGGCUUUUCUAUGGAAAUGAAGGCCGUGUCAUACACAACUGCAUUGACAUUGGAGUGCAGCUGCUCAAUAAGGCCUUAGCAGAGAAUGAACUGCCUAUUGUUAGGCCUUUUCAUGGAACAAAGUAAAUCUUAAAGCACUAAAUAUUGCGGACACAAAGAGAUAACUUGUAUUUGAGUUGUUUUGUACAGUGAGUUCAUGCCCCCUGGUUUGUUGUCUUAUGCCAAGCUCUUUUUAUGUCCUGAAGAUAUUUGUGUAUAUUUCUAAAGGUUCAUAUUUUAUAAAAAUAAAUAAAAAAGCAUUUUAGUUUUUAAUGUUUUGAAACUAAUACUGUGAACCACAAAACCCUUUUAUUUUGUGUUGUGUGUGGAUGUGGUGCAAAAGUUUUUCCUUUACUAGACUCAUGAGGCCCCAUUUGAGGAAUAUUGUGGGUUCAAUACAAGUUAAGCUCAAUUGACAGCAUUUGGGGCAAAAUGUCGAUUACCACAAAAAAAAAAUGAUUUACACUCCUCCCUCCCUUUCUUAAAGAAAGAAAAUCGAGAUUACAGUGAGGCAUUUACUAUGGAAGUGAAUAUAAUACAUUUUUGUAGGAUUUAAAGGUAUAAAAUGUGAAGCUUAUAAUUAAAAAAAAAGCACUUAUAUAAAUUUUUCUUUUAAGACUUGUGUAUUAUUUGAGCUGUAAAGCUGUUUAAAUCAUCGUUUUUACAUUUUAGGUUUUAUGGCAUGGCAACAAAGUUGUAAAAUUGGAUAUAACUUUACACAGAAAAGGUACAUGGCACUUAGUAUAGUAGGUUAAUUUUUUUUAUUUUAAAUAUGCCUGUGCAUAUUGUUUAUAUCUUAUGGCUAUACUUUUGAAACAGUGAGAAUUUGUACAUUUACAGAUUGGUCCCAUUCACUUCCAUUGGUAUGCCUCUCUGUAACCCAAAUGUUUUAUUUAUUGUUUAAGAAAAGGAGGGAGAAGUCGAAUUUUUUUUUUUUUUUGUGGUAUUCAACAUUAUGCCACAAAUUGUGUCAAUUCGGCUGAACUUGUUUAGAACCCAAAAUAUUCCUUUAAUAUCCUUCUAGUCAUACCUUUCCAAACAUCCCCAAGAUCAACUCAGACCUUUUCUGUAGAAAUAGUUAUGAUAGAUCCAUUGGAUGAAAUAAAGGACGAGCAGAUAACAAUCAUUAAUGAUCUGCCAGGUUCCUUAUUCUUUUACAACCAUUAUAAUCAGAGCAAACACUCUAGACCCGACCUCAAGCCUCAGUCACAUCUUACAUGUUCUGUCAUGUUCUUUGGGAUUCAUCUUUUGUGCUUGCGUGUUUGUGACUUUAAAGCAGUCUUUGUGUAAAAACACACACGCACCUUCUGAUCCCUCAACGCCUAUUGAAAAGAGAACAAAGGAGAUCACUAAUAAUAAAAAAAUAAUUAAAAGUGUGGCAUCAAAGAUUAUGAAGAGAGGUGUAUUUUAGGACUUUUUUUAUCUCUUUAUCACUUUUAAAGUGCCCUGACUUUCAUGUCCCUAUCUUAUUAGAAUCAAUAUAUUCACUUCCAUGUUAGAUUCAUAAACAAUACUGAAGCAGAAGGCUUUAAAGUUUGCUUUGUUUUAGUCUACAGGUUUAAGUUUUUCUGCUAUGUAACAUCAAAAUGGGUCAUUUUUGAAGUGUAGCCUUUGAUUUAAGAGCUGCUUUCUUCGCUGUUUCAGAGUAGAACGUUCAAAAAGUCUUAUUCAUAAUCACAUAUGAAUCUGCUUUUUAAUUUUAAUACUAACCUAUUGAGACCACAUGUUUCAUAGUUUCAAAGCAGCUUCAGAGAAAACAGUGCCUAUUAUUGAGGAAGUCUAAGGCAGCAGUGGCAAGGAAAACCUCCCUAAGAUGUUUAGUUUGAAGAGGAAGAAACAUUGGGAGGAACCAGACUCAGCAAGGGAAGACUUCUUCCUCUGGCAGGCACACAUUUAAAUAAAUGUCCAUAUGCCAGAUAUUAACAAGUUACAUAAUAUGUCUAAUAUUAGUCAUCGGUUUAUUUAAUAAAUUAUUUAAUCUGGGAUAGUUCACCCAAAAAUUAGAAUUCACUUUCCCUCAUGUUGUUCUAAACCAGUAUGACUUUCUUUCUUAUGUGGAACACAAAAGGAGAUAUUAGACAAAAUGACAGCCUCAGUUAGUGCUGGACUGGUAAUCUGGCAUACCGGACAUUUUCCCGGUGGGCUGACACACUUUGGGGCCGAUCAGGGGUGGACUGGCCAUCGGAAGAUCCGAGCAGGCCAGUGGGUCAUCCAUGAAAUGGGCCGAGAUAAGCUAAAAUGAACCGCUGCGUUAUAACUUUUGGGGCCAUUGCCGUGUAAAAUACCAGGCCGAUUUCUCUUCCCAGUCCAGCCCUGGCCUUAGUCACCAUUCAGCUUAACUGCACUUUUAGAUGCAAUGAAAGUGAAUGGUGUCUGAGGCUACCACAUUACUAAACAUCUCAUUUUGUGUUCCACAGAGAAAAGAAAGUAAUAAAUGGGGGCAUGAGUAAAUGUUGACAGAAUUUGUAUUUAGUCUAAACUGCUGUAUUCCUUUAAGAUGACUAUUGUAAUGUAGUAGAGUGCAUCCUAUCCACCUUAUUUUUCAGCGUGAAUAGGGCGCCAAUAUCCUCCUUGAAUGUGGACCUCUUCCGGUAUAAGCCACCUCCAGCUAUAUUAGCGAUACAAAAAUACUACAUUAUGUGACUUUAUAUUGCAGGAUGGUAAUAUGUGUCAUCAAAUUCUCAUUAUUAAUCAUUGUUUUCAUAAACACAAUGGUAUGUAGCGCAAAUAGUUUUACCGUUUAUCGCAUUUUGCUAUCGUUUCAUCACACGCUGUUUCUCAGGCAGAAUGAAUGAGAGAUCAGGCUCUGAUCGCCUUUUGAAAUGAAUAAAUAAAGGCAACAUUAAAGGUUUUGCAGAUAUGCAAAUAUGAAUGGAGACAUUAAAAACCAGUAAAGUCAGAGUCAUAUUUUUGUAUUAUCUCUUCAAUAACAACACAGCAACAAGAGAAUAAUUAAAGGUACUCUUUUACUAUUAAUGCUGAUGUUAGAAAAGUAUCUGACAUAAGGAUAUUAUUCAGCUGUACAUGCUGUGGUUGUGUAUUAUUGUGAUUUAUAAGCCCAUAUCACUAAUUCUGGUCUUAUUAUCCUUCUAGUUAUUUAUAUUGUGGUCAAUGACAGCAGAACUCUGUCACACUUGCCAGAAAUGCAGUCGCUUACUUACAAAAUAACGCAUUGCAAAAUAAGGUGGAUAAGUCAAUGUCUUGAAACCCCAAACACAUUUGACAAGACUUUACUAUUGUGUUGGUAUUACAUGUUGUAUUUAAGUCAGAAUGUAAGAGUUUUAAGAAGUUAAAACACAUUGUAUAGGAAUAAGGUGCUAUACAAAUAAAAACAAAUGCAAGAAAUUACAAAAAUCAAAUGAUCAGCUAUUGGAAUAAUUUAUUUAGCUUGCUGCUGUAAGCAUUUUGAUUGGUGGGAAUAUAUUUCUUUAUAUUUGUUCUUCCUUAGUACAUCAAAACCAAUCUAAUCAUCAUUUUAUUAAUCACAUUAACACCUGAACAUGGGCUUGACCUGAAACUCAACUUUCAAAAUACACAGACAA